ACAAGUGGCAUUUUGAACCUGACGCUCGGCGUUUCGCGAUCCGCGAUUACGUUUGGCGUUUAGAAAAAUGCCACCCGGCCUUAGUAAGCUAACCUCAAAAAUUAUUUGCUGGUUAGUUUUUUGUUUAUGUUUUGGAUUCAAAUUAAUAUUAAGGAAACUUAUCAAAAGGAAACUUAUUUUUUGGGUAAGUCCAAAAUUUAAAAGUGUUUAGUGAAUAUGAAUUUGACGGCGUGAACUUGCAAGAGGCUAUGGUUUAAAGUCGAGGAAGAACAAGAAAGAACCCAAUACCAACGCAGAAAAUAGUUCUAGGAAUCCCCUUCCAUCACUGCCCAAAGAAGCUGACCUCACCCAGCCAUACCUAAUUGUGGCGUUUAGGUAAAUUACAAUGGAUCAAGAAAAGGCAAAAACAUUAUUUUCCGAGGGGGCGUUUUUCGUCUUUUUAAAUGUACCAGAGGGAACCGAAUUUGGCAUUGAUAUGAAAUCAUGGAAUACCGGGGAAAAAUUUCGAGGAGUGAAAAUGAUUCCCAGUGGUUUACACUACAUCUUUUAUAGUUCAGUUAGCAAUACUGGAGACACAGCACCUCGCCGGGGUUUUUUUCAUUAUUUUAAGAAAGGAGAAUUUUUAGUUCGGAAGUGGAAUAAAGUAGACGAAUCUAUCAGCUUGGAGCCAGUUCAGGAGGCUGAAGUCGUGGGAUUGAAGGAAAAUAUACUUGCUUUGGACAAAUUUUUAGGACCUUAUCCAUUUGAUAUUUGGGAGAAGUGGAAGGCACUGACACAGGAUAUAACAGAAAUUCUGGUCCAAAAGAUUAUGCCCCUUAACGGAGUAGUGAGUUCGGCACUGGAACUAGAACCUUGUACAGAUGCGAAUAGACCAAGAGGCAUUAAAAAUUCUGAAACUGAAGAUGACCUUCCAACUUCUUCAAAAAAAGCAAGAUCGUCCAUGACAGAGAGCGAGCUUUUGCCUCAUUUAAAACCGAAAGCAGGAACAGAAUUGAGGUUUUCGGAUUUUCCGAAGCAUGCUUAUCCAGAGGGAUCAACACCGGCUCAGAUAACCCGCCAUUCAUUAGAUUCAUCAUACCUUUUUAACCAAAUUUUGGGUUCUUAUAAUGAACCUAUCGAAAUCCUUGGCGAACUAGAAUUCUGCUACAUCUGUUUUUUAGUUGGUCAUAGUCUUGAGGCAUUCGAACAAUGGAAAAGAAUUUUCAUACUAUUUUGUUCUUGCGAAGAAGCUAUUACGAAACACCGGAUGCUGUACGAUAAGUUCCUUUCUAUUGUAGAAUUACAGGUUGAAGAAACUCCGGAGGAAUUCUUGGCAGACAUUGUUGCGAAUAAUAAUUUUGUCUACUUGAAAUUAAAGGAUUUAUUUCGGUCUAUUAGAAGUUCUAAUGUUGAUGGCAAGCUAAAGUGUAAGGCUGAUCGACUAAAAUCUAAGCUCACCAGUUUAUACCAGUGGGAUUUUAGCCAUUUAGAGUCAGAAGAUGAAGAUGACGCGCCGGUAGUUGUUGAAUUAGAAAACUAAUGUGAUGAGAACAAACUAAUUUUAUGUGUUUAAUAGUAGAUUUGUAUAUAAAAUAGGUGAAUCUACUUAAAAGAAUUAGGUAGAUUAUCUCAUAUGAUGUAAAAAUAUUAUAUAGGUAUUUGCAAGCAAAUAGGGUAGAAAGUAAAGAUCUUAUUUUACCAGA